GCUACAUGAUUUUGAAUUGACAUGUCGCAGUUUUCUGACGCGCAGGUUCAAAGACAUAAAUGACGUCCAUCGCUACUGUGAGCUAAUUUCAUUUUUAUAAGACCAAACUUCGUGGAAUAUCAUGGGACGUGAGUCGAGACACUAUAGGAAGCGCUCCGCGUCGCGGGGACGGUCAGGUACCCGAUCAAAGAGCCGUUCCCCGGACAAACGCUCCAAGAAGGACGACCGUGAUCGAGACCGAAGCAGGAGGGAGCGUUCACGGAGUCGUGACCGCCGCAGGUCCCGGUCCAGAGACAGAAAACGAGUCAGGCGCUCCAGGAGCAGAGACAGGAGGAGGUCCAGAAGCAGAGACAGGAGGAGGUCAGGCAGCAGGAGCCGAGCCCGGAGAUCUCGAUCUGGCAGCCCCAGCAAAAGCAGAAGAAUAGAUGAAAAGUCAAGGAGCAAGGAGAGAGACAGCUUUGAUCCUUUAUCUGAAAAGAAAAAGGUUAAAGAGGAGAAAGAGGAUGAGAAAGUUGUGGAUCAAGACUUUGACCAGAACAAGCUGGAGGAGGAGAUGAGGAAGAGGAAGGAGCGAGUGGAGAAGUGGAGGGAAGAGCAGAGGAAGAAGGCCAUUGAGAACAUUGGAGAGAUCAAGAAAGAACUGGAGGAGAUGAAGCAGGGGAAGAAGUGGAGCCUGGAGGAUGAUGAAGACGAUGAUGAGGAGGGUUCAGCGCCAAUGGAGGGUGACGAUGAUGAAGAUGGGGAAGGGAAGGAAGAGAGGAAAGAGAAGGAGAUAAAGGAGGAGAAGAAAGAGGAGGGUGAGAAGGAGCAGGAAGUUCCCAUGGAGCUGCAGACUGAGGAGGAUGAUGUGGAUCCUCUGGACGCCUACAUGGAGGAGGUCAAACAGGAGGUGAAGAAGUUCAACAUUGGAGCCAUGAAAGGAAACGAUAAGAAAGGGGCAAUGACCGUAACCAAAGUGGUGACAGUUGUUAAAACCAAAAAAGGUCCCACACACAAGAAGAAGGGUGAGCUGAUGGAGAAUGACCAGGAUGCUAUGGAGUACUCGUCAGAGGAGGAAGAGGUGGAUCUGCAGACAGCUCUGACAGGCUUUCAGACCAAACAGAGAAAAAUCCUGGAGCCUGUUGACCAUGGGAAGAUCCAGUAUGAGUCUUACCGCAAAAACUUCUAUGUGGAGGUGCCUGAGCUGGCCAAGAUGACUCCAGAGGAGGUGAAUGCAUACAGGCUGGAGCUGGAAGGCAUUAUUGUCAAAGGGAAGGGCUGCCCCAAACCCAUCAAGACCUGGGUACAGUGUGGGGUGUCUAUGAAGAUCCUCAAUGCUCUGAAGAAGCACAGCUAUGAGAAGCCCACCCCUAUCCAGGCCCAGGCCAUCCCUGCCAUCAUGUCUGGGCGAGACCUCAUUGGCAUUGCUAAGACUGGAAGUGGGAAAACCAUAGCCUUCUUGUUGCCCAUGUUCCGACACAUUAUGGAUCAGAGGCCCCUGGAGGAAUCUGAGGGACCCAUCUCUGUGAUCAUGACUCCAACCAGAGAGUUGGCUCUGCAGAUCACCAAGGAGUGUAAGAAGUUCUCUAAACCACUGGGGCUGAGAGUGGUUUGUGUUUAUGGAGGCACGGGUAUCAGUGAACAGAUUGCUGAACUGAAGCGAGGAGCUGAGAUCAUUGUGUGCACACCAGGAAGAAUGAUUGACAUGCUGGGGGCCAACAGCGGUCGAGUCACCAAUCUGCGUAGAGUAACAUACGUAGUGCUGGAUGAAGCAGACAGGAUGUUCGACAUGGGUUUCGAGCCACAGGUGAUGCGUAUUGUGGACAACGUGCGCCCAGACCGUCAGACAGUCAUGUUUUCAGCCACCUUUCCCAGAGCCAUGGAGGCACUGGCUCGCAGGAUCCUGUCUAAGCCCAUCGAGGUCCAGGUGGGAGGUCGCAGUGUCGUCUGCUCUGAUGUGGAACAACAUGUGCUGGUGAUUGAGGAGGACAAGAAGUUCCUGAAGCUGCUGGAGAUUCUGGGUCACUACCAGGAGAAGGGCUCAGUCAUCAUCUUUGUGGACAAACAGGAGCAUGCAGACGCGCUGCUGAAAGACCUGAUGAAAGCCUCCUAUCCCUGCAUGUCUCUGCACGGAGGAAUUGACCAGUAUGACAGAGACAGCAUCAUCAAUGACUUUAAGAAUGGAGCUUGUCGUCUGAUGGUGGCCACCUCUGUGGCAGCCAGAGGCCUGGAUGUCAAGCAGCUGAUCCUGGUGGUCAACUACAACUGUCCCAACCACUACGAGGACUACGUCCACAGGGCCGGACGCACAGGCCGAGCAGGCAACAAGGGCUAUGCCUACACCUUCAUCACAGAGGACCAAGUUCGCUAUGCUGGUGAUAUCAUCAAAGCCUUGGAGCUGUCAGGCUCUCCUGUCCCAGCAGAACUGGAGCAGCUUUGGGCCUCCUUCAAAGACCAACAGAAAGCGGAGGGUAAAACCAUCAAGAGCAGCAGCGGCUUCUCAGGAAAAGGCUUCAAGUUUGAUGAGACAGAACAUGCCCUGGCUAAUGAGCGAAAGAAGUUGCAGAAAGCUGCUCUCGGACUGCAGGACUCUGAUGAUGAGGACGGAGCCCUGGAUAUUGAGGAGCAAAUUGAGAGCAUGUUCAACUCCAAGAAAAGGGUGAAGGAUCUCUCUGCACCCGGUGCAGCUGCUGGUUCUGCAGGAGGAGCUGCUACCACAGCAGCUGCCUCUGGAGCCCUGCCAGGCCUCGGACCAACGUCUGCUGGAAACAUCCAGAAGCUGGAGAUGGCCAAGAGGCUGGCACUCAAGAUCAACGCUCAGAAGAACCUGGGUGCUGAGGCUCAGGAUGUGAUGCAGCAGGCCACAAACGCCAUCCUGCGGGGAGGUACCAUCAUGACACCCUCUGUGUCAGCUAAGACCAUCGCAGAGCAGCUGGCAGAGAAGAUCAACGCCAAGCUGAACUACACCCCUGUGGAGAAGCUAGAGGAGGAGCGGCAGGCGGCUGAACAGGCCGAAACCGUCAAGAGAUAUGAAGAGGAGCUGGAGAUCAAUGACUUCCCUCAGACUGCUAGAUGGAAGGUGACCUCUAAAGAAGCUCUGCAGAGGAUCGGUGAAUACUCUGAAGCUGCUAUCACCAUCAGAGGAACCUAUUUCCCUCCAGGCAAAGAGCCCAAGGAGGGAGAACGCAAGAUCUACCUGGCCAUUGAAAGUGCUAAUGAACUGGCUGUGCAGAAAGCUAAAACGGAGAUCACACGGCUAAUAAAGGAAGAGCUCAUCAGAUUACAAAAUUCCUACCAGCCGACGAGCAAAGGCCGGUACAAGGUGUUAUAGAAGAGAAACCAUGGCUCACUGCAGGAGCUUCCAUCUCUCUUGUCAUCUCUGCAGUUUCAUCAAAGUGGUUAAAGAAUAUUUUAGUCUGUAUUUUUAAUAAUGUUCCCUUUGGGUACUUGAGUUUAGCCUAUGCUUUUGUUUGUAUUUUCCUUUUUUCCCCUUUUAAGAGUCCUCAGCUUCAUUUGAGGUUUCUGUUGAUUUUAUACCUAGAAACUCUAAAUACCAAAGUGUCUGAUGCUGUUUCCACCCUCACUGUCAUUAAACCAUAUUAGUUCUACAUUAUGCUAUCUGCAGUAUGUCUUUCAAUAUGAAAUGCAUUCUGGUGAAUAUUCUUUCCACCCUGUUGUAUGUACAUGCUACCUGCUGUUAUCUGUAUGAAGAAAUCCGUUUUCACUUUAUCUCAGAAUAAAACAAUGUGUGGCUAAGGC